CUGCGAUACGACCCGCUCAAAUAACCAGUUGUCAACGGACAGCCUUACGAGAAAGACGCGGCCGCUAAGACCAGCGUGUUCUCAAAACUUCACGCAACUUUAUUGCAGUUCCGAGCGAACUAAGUGUUAGAUUGCUUGCAAAGUGCUUUAGUACUAGUGAUGACAUUUGUUUGGAACGUUAGUUGUUUUUGUCUCCUGGACGAACGUUAAAGUCAGAGGGGAUGGAAGCGAAGCACCGGCUCGUUGAGGAGGUGGUGCUCCUUGUUCUGUUUCUGGUAUCGACGGCCAGCAAUUCUUUGGCCCUCUUGGUUUUCUGUCGUCGACCCGGACUAAGGACUAUUUCUAAUCGGUUUGUCAUUAAUCUACUGGCGACAAAUUUGGUGACGACCUCCCUUCUUGCGCCCGCGCUGUCUGGCGAGUACUUUGCAAGGGAGGGAGGCAAUUGGAUAGAAGCUGGUGAUGUUGCGGCUUCGGCCUGCAGUUUGGCUGCGCUCUUGGCGGUCAUGCUGAUUGCUCUGGACCAACAUCAUGCCAUCACUGACCCUCUCCGGUGCCACACUCGCUUGCUCCAACGCCGCCCAGCAGCUUUAUGCGCAGCUACUUGGCUCGCUGCAGGUUUAGCAGCAACGAUUCGUGCUACCAUUGUAGUAUUCCACCAUUAUUAUCCGCAAGAACUAAUUGUGCAAAGAGUGGAGCUUUCUUACUAUGUCGUGUACUUCAUCGCUGGUGUUCUCCCUCCAGUGGCAACAGUUUGCGUCAUGUACACAAGAAUAUAUCGUGCGGCUCGGUCUUCUGGCUUAAGAGCGAGGGCACAUGGAGCCAGUGCUCUACAACUUCACGAACCGGCAAUCAAUUUACCAGACUUGGUCGAAGAAGGCGAAGGUCUUACUUUAAAAAUUGAUGCUCCUGACAACGUCGCUGAAAGUAACCGCAAAUUUGGACCGUUUUUGCUUCCUCCCGAACGACCUGCCCGAUGCCCCUCCGUGGCGAGCUUGCGAAAUGCAAGGAAAGAGGGCAAAUCGAGUGAGGAUCUACGAAAAUGUUUACCAUCGGUUAGCUCCGCUCCGUCUCUGGCUGCGCCAUUAUUAUCUGUUCCACCUCGACCGAUUGCAACACCGAGCUGUUCAAGAAUAUCGUCUAUUAGGUGUAGAAUUUCUAACGCUUCUUUAUUUAGAUAUAGAGAAGAAUCUCGUGCUGCUCGAGUUGGACUAUUGACGGGUGCACUAGUUAUGUUGCAUUUGCCACACGCAUUGGCAGCUUUUGUGUCGGCCGUAGUGCCAGGAUUAGCAGUGAGCGUUCGAACUCCAGCGCUUGCUUUACUAUUGCUCGCUUCAGCGGUAUCUCCUUUUCUUUUUGCUCUGCGUUCACGACGGGUACAGCGUGAAGCACGGCGUAUGUUUCUACGAGAAAAGAGCCCGUGGGAUCGCGUAGCGGGUGCAGCGUCGUCAGCGGCUGCUGAUGGACAGCGUGCUCGUGCUGCUUUAGAUUUGCUGCGAACGUUGACACCGGGAGUUGAUGAAGUGGAGAAUGCAGAUCGUGGUACGGCACCUGAAACUGGAAGCGAAGUGUACCGCAGCUCCUUCAGCUCUGGUGGUAGCACACAGCUGUCAUCUGCUUCAGAAGAGUGACACACUCUCUGGCGCCCAUCGAAGUCUUCGAAGGUGCGCUUCACUACCCGACCCACCGCUGUUUUCAUCUGUGAUACUAGUAUAAGAGGACCAGCGCUCGGCGCGACCGUCAGACUGAUAUAGUGUAAGAUAAUUUAUUAGUAAGUCCAUGUACCUUUCCGCUGAGCGGACAAAUUUUAUUACCUGACAUUAAUGUAUUGAAGAAAAAUAAAAAUCAUAUUAUAAUACA